AUGAAGUCGGCUUCAGCGAUCUUGGCGGUCUUGGCGGCCGUCGCCAAUCUCACCGCAGCACAGACAGUCAGCGGAAAGGCAGAGGGGUUUGCCGCCGGGGUCACCGGCGGUGGUAGCGCAACCGCGGUCACUCCCAAGGACAUCGACGAGCUGAAGACGUACCUCACUGACGACGAGCCCCGAGUUAUUCUGCUUUCCCAGGAGUAUGACUUCACCGAUUCCGAGGGCACAGAGUCCGGCACCGCCUGUGCCAACUGGGGAACUGGUGAUGCAUGCCAACGGAUUAUUCUAGACGACUGCGGCAGCAAUCCCAAGGAGACCGGCACCUGGUACAAGGCCGCCCGUACACCUAUUGACGUUGGUUCAAACAAAACCAUUCUUGGUGUCGGUAGCAAGGGUGUCAUUAAAGGCAAGGGCUUGAGGAUGAAGGGCAGCAAUGUCAUCAUCCAGAACAUUGAGAUCACCGACUUGAAUCACAAGUAUGUCUGGGGAGGUGACGCUCUCUCGUUUGCUGGCGCCGACCUCGUCUGGGUUGACCAUGUUACUACCACGCGACCCGGCCGCCAGCACUACGUAUUUGGCUUUGACCCCAGCAAGCGCAUCACGCUUUCCAACAACUUCAUCAACGGUGACUCGACCUACUCCACUGGUUGCAACGGGUACCACUACUGGACCUUUGAGAUGGUCGGCAAGGACGACCAGAUCACCAUGAAGAACAACUAUAUCUACAAGACAUCCGGCCGCGGCCCUGCUCUCAGUGGUGCCACUCUUCUGCACGCCGUCAACAACGUGUGGAGCGACAUCAACGGACACGCAAUCGAGGGAGGCGAGGCUACCGCACGCGGCAUCUUCGAGGGCAACGCUUUCAUCAACGUCAAGCAGAUGGUCUCUGACUACCAGGGCAAGCUCUUUUCCUCUCCCGAUGCCACCACCAACGCUCAGUGCAAAUCCGCACUGGGUAGAGCUUGCGAGGUCAACGUCUUCGAGAAAACCACCGACGCGUUCAAGUACACCGACACCUCUUUCUUCGGCGACUUCAAGGGCCUUAGCAUCGCCAGUGCCGCCGCUGCCAGCAAGAUCAAGACCAGUGUUCCUGCCAGCGCCGGUGCCGGCAAGCUCAGCGCUUCCUCAUCUUCUGAUGUUACCUCUGAUUCUAGCGAGGAGAAGACCGAUGUCGUUGAGGCUACCCCUUCCAGUGCACCUGUUACAUCCACUUCUGCUGCGCCCAAGGCUACCAAGGCCGCCGCGGCGUCUGGUUCAAGCUCCGGAUCUGUUGCCUUGUACGGCCAGUGCGGAGGCCGGACUUACUCUGGCGCCACCACCUGCUCGUCUGGCAAGUGCGAGUUCGUGAACGACUGGUACUCCCAGUGCGUCUAA